GCGGUGAUGAGCAGGCGGAAGUGGAGCUGCGCGGUGCUCUUUGUGUCUCUCCGACAUUGCGGGCUGUUAUUAACAUUACUGAGCGGUUAUUAUUGUUCUGUGCAGUGAAGGAGGCGCUCGGGGCUCCUCAGGAGGUGGACACGGACCUGCUCGGAGGAAUGUGGCGGUUUGUUUGGUUCUCUCGGGGCAGCAGCCAUGUCCGUUGGUGUGUCAGUGGGUCUCUCAGAAGUCAGUCUACUGCAAGUGCUGCUGCUGCUUUGGCCACUCCAUCCAGUCCAAAAGCACAGGACAAGAGAAAACCCAAGACCGGUAUCCUCAUGCUGAACAUGGGCGGGCCAGAGAGACUUGAAGAUGUUCAUGACUUCCUGUUACGACUUUUCCUGGACAAAGAUCUGAUGCAGCUUCCUGUUCAGAAUAAACUCGGAGCGUUCAUAGCCAAACGGCGCACGCCGAAGAUCCAGGAGCAGUACAGCAAAAUCGGAGGAGGAUCUCCUAUUAAAGCCUGGACCACCAUGCAGGGAGAGGGGAUGGUCAAACUCCUGGACGAGAUGAGCCCCGAAACGGCUCCUCACAAGUUUUAUAUCGGCUUCCGAUACGUGCGCCCGCUGACAGAGGAGGCCAUCGAGGAGAUGGAGACAGACGGAGUGGAGAGAGCUGUGGCUUUUACUCAGUAUCCCCAGUACAGCUGCUCCACAACAGGUAGCAGCUUGAAUGCUAUCUACAGGUACUACAGCAGCAGUGGACUGAGGCCUAAAAUGCGCUGGAGUGUGAUUGACAGGUGGCCGACACACCCUCUGCUCGUUGAGUGUUUUGCUCAGCAUGUGCGUAAGGAGCUGGAGAAGUUUCCUCCUGAAAAGAGAGACGACGUGGUCAUUCUGUUCUCCGCCCACUCGCUCCCCAUGUCUGUGGUGAACAGAGGAGACCCGUACCCUCAGGAGGUGGGAGCGACAGUGCAGAGGGUGAUGGAGAGGUUGGCGUACUGUAACCCGUAUCGUCUUGUCUGGCAGUCGAAGGUGGGCCCGAUGCCGUGGCUUGGUCCACAGACAGAUGAGGUGAUAAAGGGUUUGUGUAAAAGAGGGAAGAAGAACCUGCUGUUGGUUCCAAUCGCCUUCACCAGCGACCACAUCGAGACUCUACAUGAGCUUGACAUCGAGUACUCGCAGAUCCUCGCAGAAGAGUGUGGGGUCGAAAACAUCAGAAGAGCAGAGUCUCUCAAUGGAAACCCGCUGUUUUUUAAGGCAUUAGCGGAUUUAGUUCAGAUGCACCUGAAGUCCAACGAGCCGUGCUCUCGCCAGCUCACCCUGCGAUGCCCUCUGUGCGUGAACCCGACCUGCGGGAAAACCAAGGCCUUCUUCUCCAGCCAAAAACUCUGAUCUUUUCACUUCUUGCCUCUGACCCUUCGUGCCUGGGAGGAGUUUCCUCACCUGCAACAUCUCAGCUGUACCGGAUCGCGAGAAACAGAACCUCGCAGAACCCCAAGCUCCAAAAGUUCCUGAAUUACACAUUGUAAUGAUAAAUCUCAGAACGGCACUUUAACUUUUAAACAAACAAAAAAAAUCAUUGGGUGUAAAAGAUUUUCUUUUCAUCUCCCUGUAUAUAAAAGUAUUGGCACCCUUGGCUUCAUUCCGCCGGGUUUUAUUCUAUCCACAUUCACUGGAUACGAGCAAUCGCACGCUCUGAUUGGCUACUCUACUAUUAGGAUAUCAGCUCAUAUACCGUGAGUAGAGAAAAACAAAAUGGCGGAGCGUGUUGCUGAACCAACCGAGGACGAAAUAAAAACUCAACUUGAAAACAAAACCCCAAAAAUACAAAAAAUCAACAAAAUAUGGAAUGAAAGUAUUUGAUACUGAGCGUUUUUUUUC